AUGGCAAGAAGUUUUGGCAAGCAUCCUAAUAUGGAAAACAUGGUUUUUAUUAUGUCAAAUGUUGUCGUCAAGGUCAUAAUUCGGUUGUCUAUCAGACAAGUGAAACGUAGGGUGUUGUGGAAGGAUCUUGAAGACAUUGACCCAAGAAAUUUUACUUGGUUGGUAAGAGGGGACUUCAAUAUCAUCAGGGAGGAUGGAGAGAGAAUAGGGGGUCAUUCUCAGCCUCUUGCUGCCAUGGAGGAGUUUAACAAUUGUUUAGACAAUUGUGGACUUAUAGAGGCGAGUUAUCAUGGGAGUCGUGUUUCAGGGUGCAACAGUCAUUCGGGUUCUACUAGGAGUUGGGCUAGAAUGGAUAGGGCAGUUCAAAAUAUGGAUUUCAUGGCUUUUUUUCAUAAUGCUCAUUUUGAAUAUUUUUCAAGUAAGUCAUCUGAUCAUAGUCCUAUGCUUCUAAGGUUGGAUAGGGUGUUUAAUAGGUAUGGUCCUUCUCCUUUUAAAUUCCAAAAUAUGUGGUGCGCUCAUGCUUCUUUUAAAGCUUGUGUGGCUGAAGUGUGGAAUGCUGUUGAGGUUAGCUCGGGUUUAUGGAGGCUUGCGACUAAGUUGAAGAAGAUGAGAUUGGCUUUGAGAGCUUGA